CUGUUUGCUUGCCAGGACCCUUCCCCUGCAUUGUCCCAUUGUCAUCCCAGCUGCUUCUUAGUGUGUGGUCACCACCUUCCUUUCCUGCUGCUUCCCCUCUGGAGGUUUAAGCUGGUGUCUGCCCUUGCGCUAGGUGGGACAGUCAGUGGAGGGGAACAGUGCAAGACUACCUUUACAGCCACCAUGGCCUGUUACACCCAUGGGACAGGGCACCCCAGGACGGCCCUGGGAGCUGCCCAGGAGGGUGACAGUGACGUAUAGCUGUCUGUCCCUCCCCCAGGUCCUGUGCUGGUGGACGGUGCCCAGCGCAUUAACUGUCCCUGCACAAGGCAGUGUUUGCCUCACCUUACAAGGGGGGAGUUCUCAGGAGUGUUGAACAAUGUUCCUGCUGCCGGGAAUAGCUGCCAGCUCUGCCUGUUGGCCCCACGUGAGGCCACUCCUGCUGCCAGCCUGCCAUGUGCUGUGGGAGAGGCCAGGCAGCCUUGGGGACCCUGGCAGGGCUGCUCAGAAUGUUCCACACCUGAGGUCAUCCUCUAAAGCAGCACACAGGGGCCAUGACUCCUGGCAUCCCCUGCUGCUGCUGAGAGACUUGAGAGGACCCAUUGCCUCCCUUUGGGGUGGGCAGGCCCCCACACUGCCCAAGGGGCCAGGGAACCUCGGGCUAUGUUGGUGGCUGCUGCAGCAUCUGACUGGACAGAGAUGGGAGCCAUGGGAGCAUCUUGCUUGCCCAGGGUGGGUGGCACAGGCAUAGGUGCUAUGCCUAUGGGAUGACCCUGGAUCAUGUCCCUGUAGUGCUGAGCCUGUAUUGACUGGCUGUCACAGGUUCUGCACACCACAGCUCCCCGUAACAAGCACGGAUGUCCUGGUCAACCCAGGGUGUGUGGGGGGGGCCUCUUUAGGAGAGUGUGGGGCUGGAGAGGUGAGUCAGGGCCAGAAAGCAGGAGGGUGAGCUCAUGGCAAAGCUGCCCCAGUCAUGUGGAGCAGCCACAGCUGUCAGUGCCCUUGGGCUGUGGGACAGAGAGACCAGCAGCAUAAAGCCCCACAGCCAGCAAAGCCGCCGGCAGCACCGGGACACAGGACUGAGAACUCCCUGCCCCUGGUAGCAAGAAGAAGAGGACACAUCCAGAGCACAGGACUGUGCACUGCAGGCCAACAUGGAGCUGGAUGUGGAACGGGCCAAGGAGCUCAUCGAGCAGAAGCUGGCAGAGGAGGAGAAGGAGGAGAAACUCAGAGGGGAUGGAGCACGGGAGCCGCCGGCCGUGGAGCGGAUGAACACACCUGAGCUGGAGGAGGAGAAACGCCGCGGGCCCAGGAACUGGGGCCUUGAGGCCAUCAAGGGCCAGGAGAAGGUGCGGCGGAGCUCCGUGGAUCUGAGGCGGGAGAUCAUCGACGUGGGGAGCAUCCAACGGCUCAUCGAGCUCCGCAAGCAGCGCCGGCAGCGCCGGGCAGAGCGGGCAGCCACCCCCGAGCCCGCUCCACCACCUGAGCCCCUGGAGAUUGAUGGUCCUGUGGAGCCAGAGACCUUCCUGCGAGCUGCUGUCCAGGGCAAGAUGCACUUCAUCGAGAAGUUUCUGGCAGAUGGUGGCUCCCCUGACACUUGUGAUGAGGUAGCAUCCCUGGCAGCCACUGGUUGCCCCCUGUUGCAUGCCACCAAGACCUGCAGCCAUGCCCCACCACACCUGUGGUUCCACCGCACAGCCCUGCACCGCUCCUCGCUGGAGGGACACAUGGAAAUCCUGCAGAAGCUGCUGGACACUGGGGCCACUGUUGACUUCAGGGACCGGCUGGACUGCACGGCCGUGCACUGGGCCUGCCGGGGUGGGCACCUGGAUGCUGUCAAACUGCUGCAGGACCGCGGGGCAGACCUCAAUGUGAAGGACAAGCUGCUCAGCACACCCCUUCACGUGGCCACCCGAACCGGACACCUUGACAUCGUGGAGCAUCUCAUCCACUGCGGGGUGGAUAUCAAUGCCCCAGACAGGGAGGGUGACACAGCGCUGCACGAUGCCACACGGCUCAGUCGCUACAAGAUCAUCAAAACGCUGAUCCUGCACGGGGCUGACAUGAUGGCCAAGAAUGAGGCUGGCAAGACCCCGACAGACCUGGUGCAGCAGUGGCAGGUGGACACACGUCAGGCGCUGGAGACCAAGGAGCAGCCACAAGGGGAGAUGGAGGUCCCUGCAUGAUGGCGCCAGGCAGGGACCAGGGGCUGGGCCCAGCUCCAAGGAGCAGGAUCCAGACAAGACUUGUCUGUGUCAAUAAAAGUCAGCAAAGAGCA